AUGACGGCAUCAUCGUUACAGGACGGCCAGGCCGAGCUGCCGACGCCGCGCAGCACGCACUCGUACUGGCACCGCGACCCGUCCAAGAAGCUGCUGGGCCACCGGACCACCACCGAUCUGCCGCCCACGGCGGAUGUAGUCGUCAUCGGCAGCGGCAUCACGGGCGCCUUUGCCGCGCGCGAGCUGGUCGCGGGCGGGAGGGGCGUGCUGAUGCUCGAGGCCCGGGAGGCGUGCUGGGGCGCGACGGGGCGUAAUGGCGGCCAUUGCCAGCCCAUGAUUUGGACCAGCUCCGCCGAGAUCGCUCGCUUCGAGCUCGCCACGUUCAACCUCAUCGACGAGCUCGUCGCCCAGCAUGACAUCCCGUGCGACUGGCGCGUCGUCGGCGGGAUGCACGCCAUCUUCGCGCAGGACGUGCUCGACGCUGCGCAGACGCAGAUGAAGCGCCUCCAGAAGCACGAGGACCUCCGCGACAAGGCCGUCCUCAUCCUCGACAAGAAGGAGCUCGCGGCGCGGCGCAUCCCCGAGGCCUUGGGCGCCGUGUAUCAGCCCAAGGCGGCAAAGUGUUGGCCGUACAAGCUGGUGGCCUGGCUGCUGGAGCGGCUGCUCGACGAGAACGCACCGCCUGCCUUCAACCUGCAGACGAAGACCCCCGUGGAGCACCUUCAGAAGAGCGGCUCCUCCUGGAUCGUGCACACGCAGAGGGGCCAGGUCUGCGCCAAGGAUGUCCUCCUCGCAAGCAAUGCGUACACGUCGUACCUGCUCCCCAAGAUGACGGGCCUCAUCCUUCCCGUCCGCGGGCAGGUCUGCGCCUUGGAGCCACCGCCCGGAGCCGCGCAGCUGGCCCACAGCUACGUCUGGCUCGAGGGUUCCGAUGCGUACCUGAUCCACCGCGGCCCCGAAGACACGCAGGUGAGAGGAGACGAGCAGGCGGGUGUCCACUCCCGCCCGGUGGACAGGUCGCUCGUGGUCGGGGGCCAGCGACUGGCGGCGCCGGGCUGGGAAGAGGGCAUCUCGCGAGACGACGCGGUCAACCCGAUUCUCAGCAAGGCGCUGCACGGGUCACUGGCGCACACGGUCAAGCUGCUGCCCGGGGACAAGGAGGACCCCGCGAAGCUGCGAGCGGCAUACGAAUGGACAGGCAUCAUGGGGUAUUCGCGCGACAGUGCCCCCUGGGUCGGGCGCGUGCCGGCGUCGCUGGUGAGCGGAAGCAGCAGCAACAGCAGCAGGAGCAGCAGCAGCGUCGUCGACGGCGAGAGUGAAGCCCAGGGACUGUGGAUCAGCGCGGGCUACACGGGCCACGGCAUGCCGGUGGCGGCGCGAUGCGGCGUCGCGGUCGCGGAGAUGAUGCUCGGCAAGGAGGGCGGCGUGAAGGUGCCGCGGGGCUGGGCGCCCAGCGCGGAGAGGGCGGAGAAGGCACGGGGCAUGGAGCAGCCGAGGACCAAGGCCGAUAUGCUUAGGAUGCUGCCUGCGGAGUUUGAGUGA